UUGAAUUCCGCCGAUGCUCGAAACUGUCCUGGUAGCCGUCUGCAUCCCGAACGCCAAGCAGCCCCUAAAACUUUACCUUUGGAAACUAAAAAUCAGUUUUUUCUUACCUUUCUACUCUACUCCCAUCACUUUGAUUCGAAGCCGAUCCUGGAAAUCGCCCUCGAAGUUGUCGUCGACGUCUUCGAAGUCGGGAACGACGAAAAGCACACAUUUAUCACUCUUGGCAUCGGCAGAGAUAUCACUGGAGAGCAACGAUGGAAGAGGAAAAUGGAAAAGUUGGGAAAAACCGUAGAGUUCUAUGGUGCUGAUCCAAUGACAGAAAUAAAUGAAGAGUUGUAUCCUCAAAUUGGAAAAUAUUUCCCAUUCGCCGUUUCCAGAACUCCCGGAUAUGCAACUGCGAGUGUUCUCAAAAAUCGACAGUAUAUAAACCAAAGUGUGGUCCAUGUAGAUAUCAUGUAUUUCGUGGAUAAGUUGUUGAAGAUUAAUAAAAUCGAUAAUUUAUGGAUGGAUGCAGAAGGUGCCGAAUACGAUAUGUUUGAAAUUUUUAUGAAAAACGGUAGUUUUGCUCAGAAUGGUAUUGAUGUAUGCCAAAUCAACAUUGAGGUCCAUCUCUCAGAAACCGGGCCGAACCAUUUGAAUUACGAGAGGUUCAUGAAAUUUGUAAAACAAUUGAUUCGAGAAGAACAAUUUGCAAUUUUCAAAACAGAAGAAGUGAUACAUAUGAGGAUUUCCAACUCGUGGAGAAUGCUCCUUCCAAUUAUUCUUCUUAUUUCUACAGUUUCCUUGGCUGAAGCCGGAAAGUUUACUCCAAACAAAUAUGAACUCGAGUUGACUCCCGAGUUCUUUGGAGAUAACUCUUUCACCGGAAAAACCAAGAUCCAUGUGGAUGUUACCGGGUCAGUCGAGGAAUUUGAUCUACAAGUUUCAAAGGAUUUGGAGGGAUUCCCCAUAAAAAUAAUAAAUCAAAUUAUAGUGAAAGAAAUCACUGCUACAUUCAAGAAAGAUGGCGACAAGAUUCAUGUUACUUUACCUGCCCCAAUCACUAAGGCAAGUAUCACAAUGAAGGGAUUCAUUGAAAUUGCUUACAAGGGAAAAGCCGGAAAGAAAGGUGCCAACAAGGGAUUAUUCCUGACCAAUGAUAACGAUUAUGUGACUGAUUUGAAGAACGGAAACGCAAUCCACUUGUUCCCCAUUCUUGAAGACGUUGCUGUUCCAUUGGCUCUUUUCAUCAUCACCCCUCGUCGUGCUGUCGUUGAGAUGGAACUAAUGAAUGGGUCGAAUCUUAUGGGGGAACAUAGAAAUGUUGAAGGAAAUUAA